AUGGGUAAAUGUUAUCUCAGGCAUGAAGAGAAAAUUGGUCAUCUCUUUGGUAUGUAUGGAAGAUUUUUGGCGAGACAUCCUGUCAAAGUCCUGGCCAUCGCCAUCACUGUUAACCUUCUUCUUGGAUUAGGCAUGCUUCGCUUUGAAGAAGAGACUGGAAUCGAGCAUAUUUACACACCAAUUAAUAGCCAAGCCUCACAAGACAGGGAUAGUUUGAAGGAUGUAUUCCCAUGGAGUCCUGAUUUCUAUGUGCAUAAAGGUUUUUCAUUUUACUCAGAAGUGCUUAUUUUAACCAAGGACAGAGGAAAUAUGUUGACGUCAGCAUUUUUGGAUGACGUAGCCUCUGUUGAUAGAUUUGUCCGCACCUCGAUUUCGAUUGCAAUUUCUGAAAAGGAGUAUAAAUUCGAAGAUCUGUGCGCUAAAGCAAAUGACACUUGUGUAGUAGACGGUGACAUUUUUUUAAGCAGUGAUUUUAAGCAAAUGAUGUUGUCAAACAAUAUCACAUUCCCAAUAUUCAAAGAAAAAUCUCUUAGUUCUCUUCUGGCAAAAUCGUCCACCUUGGAUGGAUUUCUGACAUCUGCAAUUGGAGUAAAACUCACAUAUCACCUCCUUAGCAAGUAUUCAGAAGAAUGGGAAAAGGCUUUCAUUGAAGCUAUUCCAGGUGCUAUUGUGAAUGUUUCAGAAUUGGCUUUCUCGUAUUCUUUGGCAGCAGAUAAUGAACUGAAAACCAACAUAGAAGGAGACAUAAUUUUCUACUGUGUAACAUUGUCGCUUAUGCUGGCGUAUGCAUCAAUAGCCACCUCUAAAUUGAAUUGUAAUUUCAUAGCAGACAGAGGUCUUCUUGGCCAAGCAGGGGUUCUAGCGGCCGUUCUGUCGAUUUUAUCUUCCUUUGGUUUUCUGAGUCUCAUUGGAGUUAAAUUCAUUAGUAUUGUUGGCGCUAUGCCAUUCCUUAUCAUAGGAAUCGGUAUCGAUGACGUCUUUCUUCUUAUGUCUGGCAUAGCUGAAGCUGAAUCGAUAGACAGGUCCAGUGUAUCGGAUAGAGUUUACCACAUGAUGAAAACCAGUGGAGUUGCAAUUACAAUUACAUCAAUAACUGAUUUUCUGGCCUUUUUAAUCGGGGCCAGUUCAGUUUUUAGAAGUGUCAGAAACUUUUGCAUUUACACAGGGGUAUCCGUCCUGUUUUGCUACCUCAAUCAAAUAACAAUUUUCUGUGCUUGCAUAGUUAUCAAUGAAAGAAGGAUUAAAAGCAAUCGCCAUUGUAUAGUUUGCUGUUUAAAGACUAAGGACAUGGACUCACUAAGGGAAGAUGGAAAAACCGGAUUGUCACUCUACGCAUGCGCUGGAUAUGCACCAAAACGACGAGACGACGUUGACAGUCUUUUGGAGAGAUAUCCAAAAAGACUCAUUCAAAAGAUAAUGAAUUAUACAGCGUUAAAGAUUGCAAUUAUUUUCAUUUUUGCAGUUUACUUAGGAUUUUCUAUUUAUGGUGCCAUUCAUCUUGAAGAAGGUCUAUCUCUUCGAAAUCUUGCCCCAGAAGAGUCUUUCUAUUUCAAAUUCAACAGUUGGUUAGAAGAUUACUUUACAAGAGAAAUUGUUAUGUCUUUUAAUGUGAAAACUACCCAGACAUAUUCAUCUUCGCGGACACAGGAAACCCUACAAUCAGUGCUAACCAGAGCAAAGGAAGACAAAGACAUCGAUUCUUCUUUUGAAAUAAACUGGCUAGCGGCAUUUAAAAAAUCACCAUUGUAUGUCAACUCCUCAGAGACUGCAUUCGUUUCUGCUCUACAAACAUUUUUGACAAAUGCUCCUAUUUACGCCAGUGAUGUAGUAAUUGACUCCUCUGGAACGAGUAUUACAUCCUCUCGAUUUUUUCUGAAAACCAAUAACAUGAAGACUACAAAUGAUCAAGGUCAGAUGAUGUUGCGCAUGCGAGAAGUGACUAAAGACUCUGAUAUUUCAAUGAUUGUGUAUUCUCGUGCGUUUAUGUACUUCGAACAGUUUAUCCAAGUUCUUCCAAGCACCUUGCAAACUGUUGGAAUCGCUUUUGUGGUUAUAAUAGCAGUUACAAUCUUCUUCAUGCCUCAUCCAAUCCUAAUCGUCCUUGUCGGGGUAACACUAAUGACUAUCCUCCUUGGAGUGUUUGGGUUCAUGUAUUUCUGGGAUAUCUCUCUGAGCUCUAUAACCAUGAUACACCUCGUCAUGGCCGUGGGGUUUUCUGUCGAUUUCAGUGCCCACAUAUGUCACGCUUAUAUUAAUGUAGACGCAGACAACAGAGCCACAAAGGUUAACCUCGCUUUGGACAGAUCCGGGGGACCAAUAUUUAACGCAGCGUUUUCCACACUUCUUGGUAUCUCGGUCCUAGGAUUUGCCAACAGCUAUAUCUUUGAAACGUUUGGCAAAUUAAUGUUUCUUGUUUUAUUUUUCGGUUUGACUCAUUCAGUUCUUUUAAUUCCCAUUGUGCUGUCAUAUAUUGGACCUUUGAAACAAAAGAAGGAAGUCAAGAAAGAUAUAGAAAUCUUCACCAUACAAAAACAAAAUUCAAAUGCUUUAUCUACUUGA